AUCGGAAGCUGAGGAUGUACAUCAUGAAGAAAUAACACCACCAAGAUCUUCAAAUUUGAGUUAAAGAAAAUUGAAUUCCAAAUUAAUAAAAUGGGCAGCAGUUACAGUGCUUCAAUGAAUAACUAUCAUGAUUGUAAACAACGCAUGUGAUUGAAUAUUGUAUCAAUCAUGUACAACACAACCGCCGAUGAUGAUUUCAACAACGGCUCCAGAGUGACAGAGGUGACCAACAAGUCCAGUACGGAGAUCCCUCCCUAUCCGGACAGACCUGAGACGUACUAUGUGCCGGUCCUCUUCUCCCUCAUCUUCCUGGUGGGGGUGGUGGGCAACGGCACACUGGUGGUCAUCUUCAUCCGGCAUCGCACCAUGCGCAACGUCCCCAACACCUACAUUCUCAGCCUGGCUCUCGGAGAUCUCCUGGUGAUAGUCAGUUGUGUGCCCUUCACCUCCACGAUCUACACAGUACCCAACUGGCCCUUCGGUGAAUUCGUCUGCAAGCUCUCCGAGACCACGAAAGACAUCUCUAUCGGAGUCUCAGUCUUCACCCUGACCGCGCUGUCGGCUGACAGGUUCUUCGCUAUAGUCGAUCCAAUCAGAAAGCAGUUUUCCAGUAUCGGUGGACGCGGUGCCACCAGGGUCACGGUGAUGAUAGCGUUGGCUAUCUGGGGGCUUGCAGUUGUCUUCUCCUUACCGGCAGCCUUCGGGUCUCACCUGCAGAACAUGAACCCUAACGACUCAUCCUUGGUGGUUUGUUAUCCUUUCCCUGAAGAAUACGGUAAAAAGUACGCUCAGGGUGUCAUAUUGGGGAGGUUCCUAGUCUACUAUACGAUUCCUUUGAGCAUCAUCGGGUUCUUCUACAUCAUGAUGGCCCGUCACCUGAUACUCAGCACGCGGAACAUGCCGGGGGAGAUGCAGCCCCCCCAAGCGCGGCAGAUCAAGGCCAGGAAGAAAGUGGCAAAGACUGUUCUCGCAUUCGUUAUUAUCUUCGCCGUCUGCUUCUUCCCCAACCACGUAUUCUUUUUGUGGUUUUACUUCUCCUCGGAUCCCGAAGCAAAUUAUAACGCCUUCUGGCACCACCUGCGAAUCGUCGGGUUCUGCUUGGCGUUCGUAAACUCGUGCAUCAAUCCAAUUGCGCUUUACUGUGUUUCGGGUACAUUCAGGAAGCACUUUGACCGCUAUCUCUGCUGCUGGAGGACCUCGGCACGCAGGAGCCGCUCCAGUCACCGGAGGCGAACUGGUACUCGCAAGUGGGACUCUACCACUGUCCACCUCCACCUCCACCAGAGCACACUGCGGCGGCCCGAGCAGACAACGGCCACGGGAGACUACACCCAGACCACCCUGACGAUGAACGGGGCCGAUAACAUGUGACAGGCUGGGAGAGGCCGGUGGGGUUCCUACACUCAGUCUCCUCAAGCUGAUUCCUUGACUGCUUUUGCCAUGCAGUCUUUCGCCUGAACAGAGGUCACAAUUUUAAAUUCAUGACUGUUCAAUACGAAACCGAGAUAACUAUUGCUCUCUUAAUCGUCAAUGUAACAGUCCGAUAGACAAAAUAAGGGAUCAAUGUAACUUAAGGUGUAGAGGAUAUGCAUGUAAAUAGGCGUAUGCUUAUGAAUGGUUUCAAUAUUUAUGUCAAAAAUUAUGAUUACAUGUUAAAAUCUAAGAAACGUCCUUUGGUACUUUUCUCUACACCUAUAGAUGUAUUUAACUUUAUACUCAAUGGAUAUUUCAAAUGUGUGAGUUUAUGUCAUAAAUUAACUCCAAACUGUUAUGUAAAUAAAUAAAGUUAUUUUUUGAGUG